CAUUACAUAAUUAUGUUUUUUAAUUCUAAUUUCAAACUUGGAAAUCUAACCAACAUAAACAAGCCUAUUAAGUUAAUUUUGCACAGCCUUUUGGUUCUAAAACAGGUAAAAGUGUUUCAGUCUGAGUACUGUUUUAAUGCUGCUCAUCAGAUUAUGGGUAACCUGCAUACAUUUAAUGCUGGUCAUACUUUUUUGUAGUUUACAACACUAAUUUGAUCAACAAAGCUGCUACAAUUACAGGCCAGAAAAAUUCAACACACUGCUUCUGUUAACUAAGAAAUAGACUGUUUGGAGGUGGAUGAAACAUGCACUAUUGUCUUUUAUAUCAAAUAUAACUGGAAAAGAAAUGUCAGCAGAGGCACUUGAUACAGUCAUGAAGAUGGGCUUUUGAGGUUCAUUAUUAUAUUCAGGUGAUUGGGUCAGAAAAAGAUACAGUAUAUAUAUACAAUAUACUUAAUAUACAGCAAAAUAGUAUGCAUUUUGUUGUAGUGCAUUUUUAUUUUGUGUUCCAUUUAUUCCCGACUCCUUGUCAGCAGAGCAGUUAGAUUCUUCAGUAACAUCACAGUUUGCCUCUAAUUCCCUUUAAUAUGGUAGGAAUUAGGACCCAGGGAAGACUGGGCUCUUGAAGUGGGACAGUGGAGUGUGUGUCUAUUUGAAAGAGAAAAAAAAACCACUCACAAUACAAUGUGUGACAGUCACUGCCAUACACAGCACAGGACAGGAAUGAGCGUGUUAGUGGAGGAGAGACAGGAAGCAUCAUGUCACAUCUCAAAUCAUCAUGGAAUCAGUGAUCAGCUCUUAAGUAAGUGGAGAUACACAUAUGUGAUCAGUGUGGACCCCCAGGAUCCUCUGUAAAGAAGAACCAAACCUCUGAACCUUAACUGGACCUCAUUGUGUGGAUUUUCAGCUGGAGGUGCGACUCGUACUUUUCAGGAAAAAGAAUAAAUAACGCUGGGCUGCCUCUGGUUUGAGCAUAUCGAAACAUACGUGAGAUUUCAACAGGAGCUUUGUAAAGCAGACACCCAGUCAGCCUGUUAAGUCUGAAGUGAAUCGGCCACACAGACAGUGGAUCAUGGUAUUUUUUCACAAUCAGCACACCAUUGCAUCCUGCAGAUAUGAUGAAUUUCAGGACAUCCACACAUGAAAACAUCUGAGAUCCCAAUGGAGGAAGUUAUGAAUGAAUAAUGGCCGACAAGACUGGUCCCAUGAUCGCCUCAGUGCCAAAUCACUCAGUGGCAAAUCUCACCACUGCCCAAUGGGAGCCCAAUCCUACGGUUCCUGCCAAUGUGGGUGUCGUCACGAGCUCCCAGUCACAGAUCAAAGACCUCUUUGGGUUGUUCUGCAUGGUGACCCUUAACCUCAUUGCUUUGCUGGCCAACACUGGUGUGAUGGUGGCCAUUGCUCGCGCACCUCACCUGAAGAGGUUCGCUUUCGUGUGUCACCUUUGUGGAGUGGACCUGCUGUGUGCCAUCCUCCUCAUGCCUUUGGGAAUCAUAUCCAGCUCGCCGUUCUUUGGCACCGUGGUGUUCACUGUUCUGGAGUGUCAGGUUUACAUCUUCCUCAAUGUUUUCCUCAUCUGUCUGACUAUUCUCACCAUCACAGCCAUCAGUGUGGAGCGUUACUUCUAUAUCGUACACCCCAUGCGUUACGAGGUCAAGAUGACCAUCAACCUUGCUAUUGGUGUCAUGCUCCUUAUUUGGGUCAAAUCUGUCCUCUUAGCUCUAGUUACGUUGCUUGGGUGGCCAGCCUAUGGACAUCAGAGCUCUAUAGCUGCAGCUCACUGCUCUCUCCACGCGAGCCACAGUCGUCUAAGAAAUGUGUUUGCGGUGCUCUUCAGUGUGGUCUGUUUCCUGGUUCCUGCUGUGGUUAUCUUCGCUGUUUACUGUGCCGUGUACAAGGUUGCUCGUUCUGCAGCCCUGCAGCAAGUCCCUGCCGUGCCAACUUGGACAAAUGCAAGCCCCGCUAAGAAUCGCUCGGACUCCAUUAACAGCCAGACCACCAUGAUCGCCACCACCCGCACUCUGCCCCAAAGACUAUCUCCAGAGAGGGCCUUCAGCGGGGGAAAGGCUGCCCUUACUUUGGUUUUCAUUGUGGGCCAGUUCUUGGUUUGUUGGUUGCCCUACUUCAUAUUCCACCUACACAUGUCUCUGACUGGUUCCAUGCAUAGCCCCGGGGACUUAGAGGAGGCAGUCACCUGGCUGGCCUAUUCCUCCUUUGCAGUUAACCCGUUCUUCUACGGCCUGCUGAACAGGCAGAUCAGAGAGGAGCUGAUCAAGUUUCGGCGCUGCUGCUUGACCCAGCCGGCGGAGUUUGGGGCAUCCAGCCAUGAGGGCUCUCUUCAGGAGAACUUCCUCCAGUUUAUCCAGAGAACCAGCGGCAGCACAGCUGAAACCCCGUCCAACUGUGCAAACUCCCGUCCCAAAAACACUACAGACCAGGGGGUAAAGAUCCCCGGACAAAUACCUGAGGACCACUCUUAAAGAUUUGACCAAUAGAGUGAUAGACUACUGUACUAAUAUUUGAGCCAUGUCAGUUUAUGUUUGUUUUAUUAUUUUGCUCUCAAUAGGUCCAGAUUUAAUUUUAUCUUAAACUAGGUUUAUUCUUUUAUUCUGAUUUUGUCAACUUCAUGGGCUUUACAUGAGCACCCAGCGAUCUAUAGGUGUGCAAAAGGGUUUUUAGCUGAAAACAAUACUGACAUGCCCAUAUUUAAGUAAAACUGUCAUUCCACUCUGUUCUGUUCAGACUUAUCCACUUGAUUCAGAUAACCCAGUUGACUGAGGCCUCAUAUCAUCUUUGGGUGAAUUUAGGAUAAAUGGAGUUCUCUGAAAAAUGAAAAUUCAGUAGUCAGCCCCAUGCCAACACAAAGUCAGGGGAAGGGGUAGUCCAAAAAACAUCUAUAGCUUGACAGCAAAACAGCACUGCAGCAUGCUGAAGCUAAUGGUGACGUGUUUUAUUACAUAAAAAAACAAACAAACAGACAAACAUAGGAUGGCUACAUUCAUCAUUUCCGGUGUAAUCCAAGAUCGUAUACUGAUUUCAAAAGUUGUCAUUGAAACACUUUAAUGAAGACGCUUGAUUAAGCUGAAUUUUCAUUAUAAAGGUUUUUUUUUUGAGGAAAUCAGUGUGGACAAGAGGAACAAUUACAGAAACCAAUCCAGUCCUUACAGUGCAAAUAGGGAUAUGUGAGUAUUCUAUUAAGAUAGAAAAUAUUUGAACCCAUCCCGUAAAUAUAUUGUAAAUGCCCGUUGCCUUUUAUUAUCUCAUGCAGCAGGCAUUCUUAUUUCAGGCAAAGGUGCUGUGGCUGCACUGAACAUAAAAUAUCGAGGUAGUGAUACUGUAAAUGUUCCUCUGUGCAUAUGUUCCAUUCACAUUACAAUAUACCUGAUUGUAAUGAUGUAUGUAGAAAUGUUUUAUAUGUUUAUAAAUGUGAAAAUCUGGAGUGUAACUGCAAUAACAAGGAUGUUGUUUGAUGACUAUUUAAAUGUUUUAUUGUAUUUAAUUAGGAACCAUUUGUUCUCCAUAAGAAUAUGAUUUGGUUCCACUGUAUCAUUUUUUUUCAUGUCAUAACAAUAUGUAUACUGGUGACUCACUCAGUUGUAUUUUGUAAACAUUUGGGUGUAAACGUUGCCACGCAGUGGUCUCAUAAAUCUAAUGAAUAAUUUGAUAAACAGCAGCCUCGCACAUCACCGAAUGAUCCUUUUAGACCACUGACACAGUGUCCUCCUAUGAAUCUUAGGGGACAAUGCCCCGGAGUUCCUGUGAGCAGCAGAUAUGCCGAUAGACGGUGAUUAUCAUCCGCUCAUGCUGUCAUGGAAAUUGAGUGAGCCUGUGACUCACAUAGCAACGAGGACCCUUCAUCAGCUGGAUGUAUGCUUUUCUGUAUGUUUGAAUCCUGAUUGGAGUCUUCUUAUUCUGUAUCAUGCCUGCUUUCCACAUGCAGAUUGACACACCCACACACACACAUGCACACACACAACCUUCAAGUUCAGCUACAGGCACAUUAACAUGUGAAUAGAGGCUGAGGGUGAGGUAGCACAAGCCCCUGCGAGCAUGGACUGCUGUACUAGUGACAUGGGUACAGUGAGGCGGAGAUAGCGAAUUUGCAAUGGAAAUCAGUAGUGUCCAUUGAUAAUGCUCUGAGAGUGGCAACAAAGUGCCAUUUUAUGGCCUCUGCUGUUUGUAUUAGUCUUUCACAAAGAGCAGGAAUGGUGAACAGAGAAGAACAGUGAGGUUAAAGCAAAUAAUGGCAAACACCAUUUUGCGGUAUUGCUCUUACAUAACUGUGGUUGUGUAUUUAAUGAUACUUCGAGGUGAGGACUGCAUUAGUCUUUUUAUCAGGAGGAUGUGGGCACUGCACAAACACACACAGCAUGAUUGAGUAUCAUGGUGGGUUAUUGGUUAUUUCUCUCUUUUACACUCCUUCUCUCUUUGACUAAUUUUAUCCACCUAAAUGUCUAAUAAUGAAGCCAGCAAAGCAAAUUUUAUAGUAUCUAUCUGCUACUCAGAAUUCAGGGCAUGACAGCUGCUGACUACAGAGGUAAUGAAAAAUUUUUUUUUACAACGUGCAUGUUGGGAUUUGAAGUUCAUGAACCCUUGGGGACAGACAAUGAUAAAAACAGAGUUGGAACAAGACAUCAAAUGGACCUAGAUGUAAGCUAUGAAUACAAAUCAGGGCACAGUCUGAAUCUCUCAUCAUGACCUGUCUGAAGAACUUUUCUGUUAUGCUCUGUCACAUCACUGUUCACUACAUUCAGAGCUCUGUGCUUUCAGACAAGAUUUUUAAAUAAAACCCAGAUAAGAGCAUGUUGUUCCAGAAGCAUGUUGUUCCAGAAGCAUCUGCAUGGGCAGGUGACUGCUGGAGAUCAGCACUUUUGAUUUCUCC